AUGCCUAGUGAUAUCUUAGAAUUCAGAAUAAGUCUUUAUUAGUGGCUCUAAGGAUAAGUAAAUUAAAUUCUGGCAUCAAAACAACUAAACAACAUCAUUUGAUUGGACUUGUUGGCAGACAAUUACAGAACACACUGAUUAAAUUUAUGGUCUAUCAAUUAGCUAUGAUGGAAAUAAAUUAGUCUCCUGUGGUAGAGAUGGAUUGAUUUUAGUUAUGUAAAAAGAUAAUACACAAUUUUGGUAAGUUCAGUAGAAAAUUUACAAGGCUAUUGGAUUUAGACUAAGCUUUAUUGAUAAUGAGAUGUUUGCAUUUUAACCUUUGAUACUUCAUAAUCAUAGGUUAAGGGCUUCUUAAAAUCUUCUAGUAUAUUCUUGGAAUUCUAAUUCAAGAUGCUAUUUUAAAUCCAAAUAAAUAUCAAUAAAAGGAGAAGGAUAAUGGUGUCACAUCUAUUUCCCACAAACAUACAUCCCAUCCAAAUAAAUACUUAUGGCCAAAAAUGGAUAAACUGUUAAUUUGAUAGGAUUCUCUAAAACAACUUAAGACUACAAUUACAAACUAGAGUAAGUUUUUGAUUAUAGCAAUCAAUUCCAUAAAGUCAUAUAUUAAGGUUAGAUAUUUGGGGCAAUAAGUGAUGAUGGUGAAUAUUUAAUCUUAUGGGAUCGGAAUUCCAGUUAGAUAUAAAUUAGAUAAUUCAAAGAGUAUUUGUGA